AUGUCGUUAGCAACAAGUGGAGGAAUGGGCGCAAUGGGCGGUGCCGGAGCCGGUGGUGGCCUCGCCAUGGCUCAUGGAGGCGCCAUGGCCCAACCCAUGCAAGGUGCUCCUCCUCCUGGAGGAGCCAGCAUUCCAAUGGGAAUGGCCCCACCUUCAACGUCGGCAGCUGCUUUGGGUGCCGAUCUAGUGGACAAGCAGCAACAGAUUUCACUGAAACAAGUUCGAGAUUUAUCACAUUUGCCAUUGGUCGCCAUUGAUUUGUAUUCCAGUCAACCACAUGUCGCUUCCUUUCCGCCCAAAAACAAGGAUCCAGCAGCUGUUCCCGGAGCGCCUAGCCUGAUUGGGAAAAUGAAGGACAAAGUCUUGCUGCAAUCUUCGGAAAGCUCCCACAAAACCUUUCGAAAGUGGCUUUCCAAAUCCAAAGGAUACAGUGAUUUGCAAGCAGAUGUCUUUGCCAAGGCGGACGACAAAUCGGCAGUGGCCAUUGAAAGUCCCCAAAAAUGGUUGGGAUACCGUCGAUUGGACGACGCUCCGGAAUGUUUGCGUUCUCAGGUCAACCUAGAUAAGGAUUCCGAACCUUCUGCCAUUGCCGAAGAAGGCACGGUAGGUGUCGGCGUCUCCAUGGCCAAUGGAACCUUGGACGGAUCCGUACCGCAGGGAGAUGAUUUUGACCGAGUCGUAGCCAAGGUGCGAUUGCACGCCAGCAAAAAGGCCUUGACGGUAUUGCCGGAAGAGGCUGCCCAAUUGGUCUUAAACCAAGCCCAACAUCACGUCGCGAAACAGCACAAGGUGGAAGACGAAGAUGAAAUUAUCAACUUUCCAUGUUGUGUGGCUGUUCCAGCACCCUACUGUACGGAUUCGGCCAUGGAAGCUAUGCUCGAUGCCACUAAUGGAACUGGAGUCUUGUUGCAACGAAGUGUAUGUGCUCUAGCUGGGGCCCUAUUGCCCAGUGCAGAAGAAGGCAAACCAAAUUUGUUGCUGGAACACAUUUUGAAGGUUCUACAAGCAUUGCAAAAGGAGUUCCAAAAACAACAGUUGAAAAAUCCGAAUGCUCGAUUCGAAGAAGAACAAGUGGUGCUGUUGGCGGGUACUACCAAGGAUACUGUGGAGUGUACCGCCAUUCAAAUAUCGACUCCCCAACGAGAUCAAGAAUUUUGCAUUUUUGGACAUUUCAAGGUCUUGUGCAAUGUUUCGUAUCAACAUGAAAAGCCAGAAUCCAUCAUUACCAAGUGUAUUAGUGAGCUCUUUGAUGUUAUGGAUGCAGUUGCUCCCGAAGUGGAUGGUCCCAUUGCAAUGGUCACCUAUGGAACUUCGGAGGAACAAAAGGCGGUUGCCGACAAGUGGGAAAAAGCUAAAAAGAGUCUAGAAGAUUGGGAAGAUGUUCCACAGUUCUACUCCAAACCCGACAGUGUCGCCAUGGGAACCUCCGUCUUGGGGGCCGUCAGUCAUGGACGCCUCAAGACCAUUGUCCAAGUGGAGGGCAAAAAGCCAAAGGCCGCCUUGGCCUUGAACGUGCAAAAUGUUGCACCCGUGGCCGUUGGCAUUCAAAUGAACUAUCAUGGUGGAGCCAAGAAUAAGUGGCAGCCAGUCAAGACUAUCUUUGACUUUGAUCGCCGAGUGCCAGCAGGACCCUAUGACGUGGACAUUAGCGCUGCCACGGGAGCUGUGUACCAAGAACAGGGUUCCGACUUGUCGGACGAAGCCCUCUUCAAGGCCACUACGGAAAUGGAAGCUUCCAAAUACAUUCCCAAACGAGAGAUUGCUGCUUUGGAUCUUCGAGUACAAGUGGUCCAAAAAUGGACACGAGAUGGAGUAUGGAAAAAGAUUGGAGAUGUCCAGAGUCCACUAGUCAUGACGGACAAGGAUGGCAAGAAGACUGCCUGUGAGCGCAUCAAGUUGGAACUUAGUCUUAGUUCCGUUGGCUUGAUCACCCACUCGUUGGUAGGAGAACGCGAAACCGUAGUCCAAGCCACAAAGUCGGCGCGGAAUUCCAAAAUUCGAUACUACGGGUCCAUCAUUUUGGCCAUUGCCUUUUUUGGAGGCUUUUUGGUCAAGAGUUAUUGGGAAGAACGAGUCUUUGAACGGGAUACUCGUCGAUUAUUGGCCUAUUACAAGCACGUUGUUCCAGGAAGCAUGUCGGAUGGUGAUUUGUACAAUGCUAGAUACGUAGUAUACAAGUAUCGUAACAAGAAGGAGAAGCUGUGGAAGAAUUUGGAAAAGAAGUAUGGGGAACCUUGUUUGCAAGAGUGGGAAUGGCCCGAAGAGGAAGAAACUCCUGCGGAGGAAGAGGAAAUGAAUCUAGAUGAGGGUGACGAAAAGAAAGAAGAAGAAGCAACGGGAGAGCAACAAGGAAAAGGAGAACAAGAAUCCACCGAAGAACCGGACCUAUAA